AUGGCACCGCUAAUGCGUCCAAUCUCGUCAGCUGCUGCGAGUUGCGCAGCUUGUCUCUCCGGGCGGCUGCCUGCUGCAGCAGCUGCAGCAGCAGCAACAGCAGCAGCAACAGCAACAGCAACAGCAACAACAUCCAUGCACCAGCAGCAGAGACAACUACACACCUCAGGUGUACGUACAGCAGCCACGAAAAUCUCCCCCUCUGAAAUGGCAUCACUUCUGGAGCAGAGAAUCGGCGGCUGGACAGCACAGCAAAGCUCUGCUGGGGAGAUGGGAAAGGUCUUUUCUGUUGGAGAUGGGAUCGCUCGCCUCCUCGGCCUUGGGAACGUCCAGGCAGGGGAAUUGGUUGAGUUUCAAUCGGGAGCCCUCGGGAUGGCCCUGAACUUGGAAAGAGAUAAUGUGGGGGCUGUCAUCUUCGGCGACGAUCGCGCAAUUUGUGAAGGACAGUCUGUGAAGAGGACGAAAAGAAUCGUCGAUGUCCCCAUCGGCCCUCAGCUUCUAGGCAGAGUUGUUGAUGCUCUGGGGGAGCCUAUAGACGGAAAGGUAUUUCUCUAG